GCAGCCGCGGACGCAGCCAUGGACCUCUUCUUCAUUGUGUCGGUCGUCAUCAAGGUGCUCAAGCUGGCGCUGAACAUCGUGGCGCUGAUCCUGUACCGCUCGGGCAACAAUGGCGACUUCCUGGGCGUGGGCGGCAGCUGGAACAUCAACGACGAGAAGGACCCUGACGCCGAAAUGGUCGCCUCUGGGGUGAUGGUGGGCUUCUUCAUCUACACCUUCUCCGCGCUCGUCGCCAGCUGCCUCGGCCAGAGGAGGACGCUCACGGACGCGCUGCUCAACUUCGCGGGCACGUUCUUGUGGGUGGCGGUGGGCGCGACGGCGCUGCACUACUGGGUGCGCUACCAGAGCGAGUACCAGUACCAGUUCCUGGAGGUCAGCGCCGAGAAGAAGGUGGGGAUCGCCCUGGGCGCGCUCUGCGUCUUCAACGGCGUCGGCUACCUACUCGACACCGGCGUCGAGUCCUACGUCUACUUCAAGGAGAUGUAGCUGCUCCAGAGAGUCUAACCAAAGCCUCCCAGGCAGUCCACUGUGCACAAAUAGGGAAUAAGUGUGUCAACGCGACUACUUACUGACUGCUAACAAGCAUACUGUGUCAGACAAAUGCAGGCAACACUGUUGCUCUUUCUCUAACACGUGUGUGUGUGUGUGUGUGUGUGUGUGUGUGUGUGUGUGUGUGUGUGUGU